AUGGCAACUGAAGGAGAUCAAGAAAUAAUUGACUUUAUAGAUCAAGGAAACUAUACCUAUGCACAGUCCUUAAUCACCAAAAAACUUGCCAAAUUUCCUCAAAAGUUACUUUAUCAUGUUUUACAGAAUGAAAUACAUCUCAAGAUUGGUCGACGAGAGUUAGCAAUUAAUAAGAAUUUAGAAUUGUUGAAUAAAUAUCCCAAUGACCCUUUAACAAUUGAUAGAUUGAGUGAUUUUUUUAGUAGAAUGGAGAUGGAAAAAGAAUCGAGUUUAGUUUAUGAAAAUGCAAUCAAAAAGUACCCUAUAUCCACGGAAACUUUAUGUUUGAGUUGGUUUGAGAAGUCAAUUGAAAAGUGUGAUUUCAAGUUAUUCAACCGCAUUUUCAUGUAUUUGAAUAAAACCGGAAAGUCAAGACUACACACACUAUGGUACGCAUUCAGUUUCCAUUUGUUAUUGCAAGAAGGUGAAAACGACAAGGCAAACUUGUACACUUUGUUGGGUAAAAAACUAAUGGAGGGUUUACAACCAUUUGAAAACACACAAGAAAUCUACGUAUGCACGUUGUUUCUAAACUUUAAAGAAAUUGAGCAAGUAUUGCAUGGAGUCACCAUGCCAUUGGAUCUUGAGUUGAAGCUUUUGUAUAUGAAAGUGAUGAAAGAGAAUAGGAAUUUUGAAGCAUUACAUGCGUAUACUGAGAAAUUGCUUUUUGAGGAAAAGUUUGAUGAUUUUGACACUUGGAAAUUGUGGAUUUUGUCAGGUAAAGAGAUUGGUAGAUCGUUUGAAGAAUUGGAUCAAAAAAUAACUCUGCCAACAAGAAAUAUAUCGUUGCUAAAAAUCGAGUUGGAUAUAUUGUUUUCCAAGAAUAUUGAAACCAGCGUCGAGAAUUACUAUAAGAAGUUUAACACUAAAUUGUGUUGUUAUCCUGACCUUUCUCAGUACGAGCUACCAACUGCUUUUAUUGGUGGUCUUAAAAACACAGUUCUGAAUAAUGACAACUUAAUUACAGUGGUAAACAACAGAAAGUUUGUUAAUCAAACAGAUAAUUGGGAUAUUUAUGAAAAGUUUUCAGCAAAAGAAGGAGCUGAAUACGAUAGCAAUCCAGUUAAUGAAUUGACGUUGCGAACAAUUGUUUCGGAUUUGGAUUCUUCUCCUCAAAACAUAAUUAAAAAUAUUGCCAUUAUUAAACAUUUACUAGAACAAGACAAGUACAACUAUAAAUUGAAAUUGUGGUUAAUGAAGCUUUACUCGCAAUUAAAUACAAACGAUUUGAUUUUCCCUGUUUACAACGGACUAAAGAUCAGAAUGACCCAACAUGAGACAUUGAAUUAUUAUCUAACAACUACUAACCCUUCGAAAAUCAAUCUUGAUGCGUGGGUUGAUAUUUUUAGAUUUUAUCUUACGUCCAAACAAGAAAUGAAGGAGAGCAUUAUUCAAGGGUUUGAUAAUGGGGUGUUUAAUAAACUUCAAGGGUUUAUUAAUUUCUCCAAACGUUUGCAAAAUUCUGUUUCUUUAAAUUUCACUAUUGCUAAAAUUCUCCAAAUGUCAACAAUUCUUGGUACUGAUGGCUACUUGAAUUACUUCAUUCAUUAUUUAAAAACUAACGAAGCCUUGGUUAUUUCUGACUACACUGACAAUCGUGACUUCAAGUCAGAAUGGAAUGGGUUAAAAAAAAUAGAUUCCAUUUCUGUUCCUGUAAACGAUAGUGCUACAAAAUUGAAACUCUUGGUUUAUUCAAUAAUAUUCGAGGAUCAAGACGCAAGCAAAUUAUUGAAGCUUUUCAACAAAAUUAUUUCUAACGCAAAGUUCUCUGCAUUUGACAGUUUGCUAUAUAAAUUAUACUUUAAUUUGUUGAAGAUUGCAAAAACUAAAUUGAAUCCACAAGAAACACAGUCUUUGUACAACUAUUUACAGAAGAAUUUGAAAGUUGAUAAGUUGAAAAUAUUGGUACCAGAGAAUUUAUUAUCUGGGGAAUUGACACGAAAUUUGGCCAAUCUUGUCGAGUUUAUUAAAAUCGUUAAACUUCUUGCCAAAAGACAUUCGUCGUCGUAUAUGAAUCAAUUGGUGAACCUUGUGAAGCCAUUGGCCAAAGAAUUCAAAGACUUAAAGCUAGUGCAACUGCAACAUGAGCUUAUUGAUGCAAUGGAUUUUGAUCUACCAUUUGCAAUAGAUAUUUCUCAAGCCAAACUCGAAAUCAAAAAUUCUAUUGAAGAUUGUACUGUCGCCUUACUUAAUAGCCUAUAG